AUGUUCUCUCCUAUAAUUAAGCAAUUCGAAGCCCGCAUCUUUCUCAACAUGGCGUUUAUCAUGUUUGUUCUCUUUCUUUUAGCUUCUGCUUCCCUCGCAAAAGCUCAAGAAACAAGAUCAAACAUAACACUAAGUUCUUCCCUAAGUCCAACCUCUAACUCCUCUUCUUGGCUCUCACCUUCAGGACUCUAUGCCUUCGGGUUCUACCCUCAAGGCCAGGGCUACGCGGUCGGAAUUUUCCUAGCCGGGAUCCCGCCCAGAACCGUCAUCUGGACCGCGAACCGGGACAAUCCACCUGUUUCUGCUGGUGCCACCGUGCUCUUCACCAAAGCUGGUCGCCUCAUACUGCGAUCCUCGCAAGGUGAAGAAACUUCCAUCUCUUCAGCAGCUGGGUCAGCCUAUUCCGCCUCUAUGCUUGAUUCGGGCAAUUUUGUGCUAUACUAUCCUAACGGAAGCGUACUAUGGGAGAGCUUUGACUACCCAACAGAUACGCUUUUGCCGACCCAGCGCCUCCUGGCAGGGCAACAGAUAAUCUCUAGCAUCUCAGCAACGAACCACUCGACCGGACUUUUCCGCCUCAAGAUGCAACAUGACGGGAAUCUGGUUCAGUAUCCGGUGAACACUCCGGAUACUGCUCCAUAUGCUUAUUACGCAACUUCAGCAGGCGGCUUGGGAGACAAUGUCUCGCUCAACUUUGAUGUUGACGGUCAUUUAUUCUUGCUCAACUCCACGCGCUAUGUCAUAACGCAUAUAACGUCCGGAAGGUUUCCGACGAACAGUGUGAAUUAUAUCUUUAGGAUUGAUUCUGAUGGCUUGAUGAGAUUAUAUUCGUAUGAUUUGAAUCAAAAGGGAAAUUGGUCGGUUAAAUGGUCGUCUACAGAUGAUAAAUGUAAUCCCAAGGGUUUAUGCGGCCUAAACAGUUUCUGCGUCGAAAACAACCAACAGGCUAAUUGCCUAUGUCUUCCUGGAUUCGAUUUUGUUGAGCUGGGAAAUUUGGCGGCGGGCUGCGAGAGGAAUUCCACAGUGGAGACUUGCAAGACAGGAGAUGCAAGUGCGAGUUACAUGAUCGAAGCUGUUGAUAAUACCCAGUGGGAAGAUGAUUCGUACUCGGUUGUUUCGUCGACAGACAAAGAUGGGUGCAAACAGGCCUGUUCGGAGGACUGUAACUGUGAGGCUGCACUCUACAAUGGUGGGAUUUGCAGGAAACAAAGGCUUCCAUUGAGAUACGGAAGAAUAUUGACAACUGAUCCGACGAGCGCUCUGAUCAAGGUAGGCAUCGCGAAACCCAUUAACACUAAUCAAAACAAGGAGGAGGUAACCCGAAUGGAUAUACUACUUCUUAGCCUUUCGCUCCUCGCUUUUGGAUUGGUUAUGAUGGCUAUUUCUAUAGUUAUAAUAUGCAAAAACAACAUGUGGACGUAUCAAAGGAUCUGUAAUAAGAUAGAGGUUAGUUUGGCGAAAGAUCAAGCACCUCGACUGUUCACUUAUGCAGCGCUCGAGUUAGUCACCGACAGUUUCAAGGAACAGAUAGGUAGAGGAUCAUUUGGAACAGUUUAUAAGGGGGUGAUUGGCGAGAAGAUGGUUGCCGUCAAAAGACUUGAUAAGUUGUUGGCUGAAGGGGAAAGAGAGUUUCGGACUGAGGUUGAAGUCAUCAGUCGAACCCACCAUCGAAACCUAGUCCGCCUCCUCGGGUAUUGUAUGGAAGGAACGAAUAGGCUUUUGGUGUACGAGUACAUGAGCAAUGGAUCGCUUGCGAGCGUACUCUUCAGAAGUCCCGAAAGCCGGCCGUUUUGGGCAGAAAGAAUGGAGAUAGCACGGGAUAUAGCCCGAGGAGUGCUAUAUCUACACGAAGAGUGUGAGACACAAAUUAUCCACUGCGACAUAAAGCCACAGAACAUACUCAUGGACGAGAACCGUGCCAAGAUUUCGGAUUUUGGACUUGCAAAGCUCCUAAACGCAGACCAAACCAGAACCUUUACUGGAAUUCGUGGGACGAGAGGUUAUGUGGCGCCUGAGUGGCACCGAAACCAGCCUGUGACAGUGAAAGCAGACGUUUACAGCUUCGGGAUCAUGCUGUUGGAGAUCAUCUGUUGCCGGAGGAACAUGGAAUUGGACUUUCCGGAGAGGGAAGCCAUCUUGGAAGAAUGGGUUUGCAAAUGCUUUUGGAAUGGUGAGAUCGGGAAAUUGACAGGUGACGAGAAGGUCGAUGAGGAUGAAUUGAAGGCCGCUAUCAAGGUUGCGCUUUGGUGCAUCUUGGAUGACCUGACGCUCCGUCCUACGAUGAAAAGAGUUCUAUUGAUGAUGGAAGGAAGUGCCGAAAUCCUGAUGCCUCCUAUUCCUUCAUCUUCCAUUUGUACCGACUAAGGUUAUGUUUAAAUUCUCGAGAGAUUGAUGCAUAUAUGCUGGCGAAUAAAAAACUCCUAUCUAGCAGUGCUUUUGGGAUUGAACCAAGACAUGUAGACAUUAUU